UCUGUUUUAAGCAUGUUGGUUUAGCAGUGAGUUUCGCGCCACAGUUUCGUAUUCUUCCCACCAUGAGCUGCUGUCGUGUUUCUGGCCAUCUAACCAUAGCCUGCCUGUAUUGGAUAACUCUAGCGUCCAUCUCUGCACUGCCCGUGUCCAAUGAACAGCACAGCGGACCACUAAACAGCACCACCCAAAGACAGAGCGAUGCGCCAUUGAUUGGAGAUGAAGUGCUUGACUAUAAGAAGAAAUUCGGCUGUAAGGAUCUACAGCAGCAAAACCUUCUGGAAUCUUCCGUCACGUCCGUCGGGUCAUUGACCAGACGAGUACGUCUGAUCUGUGACGGACAGCAUGUAGCAGACGUCUUGGUGCACGUGAACAACUCCAAGUCGGUUGGUGAACUUGUUGAAAUCAAGAAGGAUGACGUCAUUGAAAUAAGAGAUGACGUCACAGCUAACGAUGACGUCAGCUACAAGAGGGUCGAUAUCCGUGAGAACGUUUAUCAGAAUCUCGCUAAUAAAACUGCUAUGAAUUCUAGAAUACCACUUCUGCGAGCUGCUUGUGUGCUGGAUACUAAAGUUGUACAGCAUGUCAUUCAAAAAUUUGAACCUAUGAACUUUGAAAUAAUUGGACAAAAGGAUAUAACGACGAGCCUAGACGAUCAGGCAAACGAGUACUACGUGUACAAGCCGUUCGUUGAUGGCAUUCACAUAGUGACUUACGUUUUUUCUAAAUGUGAUGGCGCUCUCCUGGAGGUCCGCACAAAUAAAACUCAAGUUGGAAAAGUUUGCAACAGCCGCGCUUUUGCUGUAGGCGGCAGCCGCAACACGGGUCCGAUAUUCUACGGCAGAUAUCCGUUUUGUCUGCUGGUUUCUUUCUCAUACGACAACACAAUUUGCUUUUUGAGCAAUAAAUACGUCCAAGCUAUCAAGAUGGACGACUAUGCCACGUGGUUACCUGGCAAAGAGUACCCAAUCGUCAAAUUCCCGUGUCACAAGGGCAUGUUUGAGUAUCUCAAUAAGGCUGUAGCUCCACUCUUGGACGGCUUCUUCUACAUCACGCAGGCCCAGAAGAUGCUAGAAGAAUGGUUUAACUACACAAGCCUACAGAACCCGCCUAUCGCCAUGAGAGGCCCCCUAGGGACGAAGAUCGGCCACCAGGUGUCGGCGACUAAGUGUUUGAUAAUAUUCGGCCAAGGUCAGCUACGUCACAGACCGUUCGCCACGGCGCCAGACAUAGUGGGGCAUGAGAUGGGGCACCUGGUGCUUCUAACAGACUCGCAGCUAGAGAACCACCCGAAGACAGCAGCAGUUGAAGGAAUGAUCGAAGCUUUCUGUGACAUGAUGGGGAAAACGUUGGAGUUCUACAUCUUUGGGACCUUCAAGUGGACAAUGGGCAGCUGGACGACCAAUGAGACCGACGGACUUCGGCCACUGGACACUCCAGGCGCUGACCACCUGGACAAUUCCCUGCACGAGAACGGCCUGGCCUUCACUGGGGCGACGUUUUCACGGGUCUUCUACAAACUGGCCAAAUUUUACGGAAUCAGAACUGUGAUGGAGACGCUGAUGUUGGUCAGAUCAAAGUUCUGGCACACACAGGAUGAGAUGUCUGUAGAAGCGCUGGCCUGCACCAUCAUUCGUGGGACGUAUCACAUGAGCUUAGACAUAUAUGACGUAGAAGGUCACUUCCGGUCAGAGGGUGUCAUCACAUCCCGAAAGUGCCCACUCGAGCAAAUCCCAGUGGACGUGUUGCAUGUUGGGACGGACUACUGUCGAAUCGUCUCGAAGAGAAAGCGUCCUUUCUUCCUGCUCAUGAAAAACACGAGUCAAUACUUGGUCACACUUGAAACUGAGCCAAGAAAGGUGAUGAUCCACGUGACGAGGGACAGGCAGGGCAAGUCACGUGUGGCCCCAGUCGGCCUUGGGAUCCUCGUGCUCACCAUGAACAAGGUCAGCAGCUCGGGACUCUACGCCCACUUCACCACCGGGGUGUAUGCUGAAACAACUGUUAAGAUUUUGUCCUACUACUCGAAAUAAAAAAAAAAAACUGUUAAAAUUAUGUCCUACUAC